CAACUCAAAUGGAGCAAGAUACCCAACUCCCAAUCCCAACCUCCGACCACCAAAACGACGACGUUUUCGUCGACGCCCUCGACGAUUUCCCUCCCUCCGACGACCAACCAGACCCCUCCACGUCAUCCUCCUCCUCCGCCGCCCUCCUCGAUGGCUCUCCCCCCUCCCACCUCCGUCUCCGGCCACCUCGCCGUCAGAUCUCCGGCGAAGACGACUCCAACGCAUCCGCCGUCACCUCCCAACCCGACCCGAUCGACGACGACGCCAGGCUCAACUUCCGCGGCAGAAGGUUCAGACUUCGCCGGAAUUUAAAGCCGCCGGAGCCGAAUCAGGACCCGGUCCGGCCUUCUCAAUCUCCGAGCAACCAGAAAGACGAGGGCUCGACUGUAACCACCGCCGCCAACGACGAUCGCGGCGGUGACUCGGCCAACUCGGCCGACCCGGCCGUGCAACAACUCGGUGACUCGUCUCUUAACCCUCUAGUGUUCAUAGCUGGAUUAGUAAUUAAAGCAAUUGGGCUUCAGAUUAAUCUGAUAAUUAGCAUUGUAACACUCCCAGCUUGGAUUUUGUAUAACUCAUACAUGCUUUUUGUUGAUCCUUUACAAAUUGUGAGUAGAGGGAGAGAGUUUCUGAUGGCAAAGUUGGUAAAUUUGUCGACAUUGGCCGCCGGAGCGGCGAGUCCUUUGGUUGGGGAGUGGGUGAAGGACAAGGACUCGGCCUGGAAGGUGGCAUUGCGAUUUGGGUGGGGUCUGCUUUGGGCAGUUUAUGUGGGGUUUGUGCUGUGUGGUCUUUUGGUGUCGUCGAUUUUGUUUAGUGGGGUUUUUAUGAGGUACAUUGUGUCUGAGCCGCUGCAGAUGAUGGAAAUGUUGAAUUUUGAUCACACUAGGCAUAGUCCGGUGGCGUAUGUGCCGGUGGUGUCGUGUGCAGGGGUCGGUUGUGGGGUGGAUUGUAAUGAGAAGGUGGAAGGUGGGGGGAUUCUUGGAGGCCGGGUGAUACCUGCUGGUCAUAAGUUGGUGGCUAGUGUUAAGUUUGUGCUGCCUGAAUCGGAGUACAACAGGAAUCUUGGGAUCUUUCAGGUCAGGGUAGAGUUCCUGUCUGCUGAAGGCAAAACCCUUGCCAGUUUGAGCCAUCCAUGCAUGUUACAUUUCAAAAGCGAGCCACUCCGCCUUCUAUUGACGUUCAUAAAGAUUGUUCCUCUUGUAUCUGGUUACAUUUCAGAGUCCCAGACUCUGAAUCUGAAGCUCCGAGGGUUUGUGGAAAGUGAUAUUCCUACUGCCUGUCUGAAAGUGACAAUCGAACAACGCGCUGAAUACAAUCCUGGUGCUGGAAUUCCCGAAAUAUAUGAUGCAUCCAUGACCCUUCAAUCAGAGCUUCCCUUGUUCAAAAGGAUCAUAUGGAGCUGGAAGAGAACUAUAUUUGUUUGGAUGAGUAUGAUGAUGUUCAUGAUGGAGAUGCUCUUUACUCUAGUCUGUUGUAGACCUCUAGUUAUUCCGAGAGCAAGGCCAAGGGCAGCUUCUGUCAACACCAGUCGCACUCGCACUCGCACUCGCACUCGCACUCAAACUCAAAGUCAAACCGGGCCCCCAGUACGAAAUUAACUGGAAGAUGCUGGUACUUGUUGAAGUAGGUAACCCUAGAUACAUCUGGUACUGUAUUUAGUCUUAAGCUUCAAAUUUUCCACCCAUUUUUUAAUUCUUUCAACCACUGUAAAUAAUCUGGAAUUUCGGUUCUCAAAUAAAUGGUAAAAUGUGCAUAUGCCU